CCAUACUGAUCCUUUCUUGUGGCUGAUGCUUUUGCCUCCUGUCUUUAUAGCCUCACAAAGCAACUCCUGCAGGACUCCACACCACAACCCUUGUGGAACCCUAAUCAGAAAAUGGAUCACCUUCCUCUCUUUCAGUUGUUGUCUUAUCUUGAGGUCUUGGAGGGUCUCAUACACAAGGAGUUUAGUCAAAUUUCCUGGGGCACAUCCUCUAUGUUCUCUAACUCAGUUGUGGCUACUGCCCAUGUCCUCAGAACCUCUUCCUUGGCAGAGCAUAAAACCAUGAGGUUUCGUGAUACCUGUGGCCCUGCCCACACCCUAUCUGAGGCUCAAGGACCACCACAGCUUUCCCAGGACCUGCCAUUGCCUCUGGAAAUUGUGACACAAUGCCUGGAAAAUGAGACAUGGUUCCAUGAAAUGGAAAUGGUCCCAAGUUCUACACCAAACCAAAUGCCCCCUUGUUUCAAGAGUAGGACCUGUGGAAUAGCAUGUCCUACCAUUGAGAGAGGGACACAGACAUCACUACCAACAGAAAACCAGCCAUGGCCACAUGGACUUUAUUGGAAAGACACCAAUGGUUAUGAUAUCCAAAAACUUGAUACAGACAUUAGCAUUCCCACUGGGAAUUUCUCAAAGGGCACCAUGCAUAGGAAAGCUACCAUGCCAGCAUCCAUCCUUUCUGAGCAUUAUCAGAUGGUCCAAAACAAUGAGGAGCCACAGAAUGAAGACAAUACAACAAAUGGGGGUGAACAGCAAGGAACUCCCAGCAGAUUCCUCCUAUCCCAGAAACUGACCCAGCUUCAGGAAUGUUUCCCAGAAAAUGAUAAUCACUAUUGCAAGAACAAGACUCAACUCUCUCAGCCUGCCCAUCCAUCCAUCUUCAACUUCAAAAUAUGCAAAUGUAACAAAAUGAUGGGGUCUGUGCCCCUUGGAAUAUCCGUAAAGAAGGACAUAGCAACCUGUGACAUACAUAACAGCAUCAAAAAGGGCCUUGGCCCAAAGGGCCUAGACCUGCCUUGCACUUCAAACAGCAGCCCUGGGAAGGUGCUGAAGCCCAGGAAAAGCGCACUGAAGACAGACAAACUGUCCCACGUGAACCCUGAUGAGCAUUGUUCCUGCCUUGACUCAAACACUGAAAGGAAGCUUACAUCAAGCAUCAUGAAGCUUCCCAUGAAACGAAGAAAAAGGCCAUAUUUGCAGAUCCUUGAUGCAACAGAUUUCACCCCACCUGGAGUUCCAGCCUCAAAUCUCCACCAGUUUGUUUUUCCCUCCUCUCCCAUCUAUGAUUCCAAGGCUGCCAUGGUCCUGGAAAAUUUGCAUCACCAAGAUCCAGGGGGGACAAGGGUGGAAAGCUUAUCAGAUGCCAGGCUAGAGAGUGCUGUGUCUAUAAACUCACUUGCAGAGGUUCAGGAGACCCAAAGAACACCUUCACCUGCUGCCAGCCAUAGGGUCUCAGAGACCCAUAUAGAUCAAUGUCAGAGAUGCCUGAGUGUUCCACAACCUGCUAUCUGCUUCCAGGUAAAGCCUCCGGAGAGCAAGAAUGUCCCUGCAACUGGGACAGGAAGCCUGCAACCAAGUUCCGGCACCCAAAUGGCCAAGCUUCCACUACAAAAGAGGUUUCAGAAUAUUGAAUCAGGACACUGCUGGCUUGGCCCUGUGAUUGACCCUGAAGACAGGGUCCCACCUUUAGCAGCCAAACCAAACAAUACACUGGAGGUGAAAGAAGAGCCAACACCUUCAUGGAGGCUGAGUCUGGGAUCCAGUAACACUCACAAUGACCAAGCCAUCAGUAUCAGUCCCAGGGAAUUUGGGUCUUUAGAGACUAAGAGAAGACCAUGCCAUCUCCAAACACCUACCCCACAGCACUCACAGUAUUCAGGUCUAAUACCACAAGCAUACAGUAAGUUUGACUUGAUAUCAAAGGAGCAGCCACAACCCUGGCUUGUGAGACACGAUCCAGAUGGCCCCAGUACAUUACAUAUUGCCAAGGCCAUCUUGCCUUCACAGCACUCUCUGCCCAUCUUCCAGACCAGAUGCCAAAACCCCAAGACCUCCCAGGGUUUAUGCAAUGUCUUCAGGAGGAGACAUGAGAGGGUCUAUACUCAAGAGAACAGUGUCCCAAAGGAUGAGAUCAAAGUGGAGAAUGUGAAGGGGGUUGAUCCACGUGAAGAGAGGGAGGGAACUCUAAGAUCUAGAGCCAUAGGUCAGAGAGAAAGGCUUGAGAGACUAAGGCAUUCUAUCCGGAGCUACACACAGCUCAAGGCUGCAGAAAAGACUUGGAUAACAGAAAAAGGAGAGGCUACUUCUCAAAACCCCUGGAAGAACAUCACAAGGAAUGCUUUACAAGAACGAAACCUCAGCACAGAGCACACCCGACAAGGGGAAUCAUUAAAGAAUGAUCAGCCCCCACUACCUGCUGAGCAUACAAAGAAAGUCCCAACAAGGAAAUCUAAAAUCUACAGUAUGAUAGCAGAACUGCAUUCCCUUGUGGAUAUACUGUUCCAGAUCUUGGAGAACACUGGAGGAGACCCAUCAAAGUUUCAAGGGUGUGAAGUGGAAUCAUUGACAUCCCACCUGCGUGGCUCAUCCCAAUCAUGUGAGAGUUUGUAUGACACAAACUAUAGCAGACCAGCAAGCAGGAGGAUCUGUGGCCAUGCCAGCCCUGAGAUGCAUAAUUAUCCCUUCACAUAUAAAGGAAUUGGAGACAAACUGCAGUCAGGGACUGAAUACCAGAGAGCAUGUGACCAACAUGUGAACCAAGAAAAGAGAGGGAUGUGCUUUGACCAGCUCCACAUGCCCACGGGGAAAGAAAUUCGAUGUGGACACAUUAGAAUUGGACCCAUGCAGGAGCCAGCUCCUGCUGACCAGAGAGCCUCUGGCUCAGGUAGAACAAGGAUUGUAAUGGGCCACUGUGCACAUAGAAGUCCUGAGGGGCACAAGUAUUCAUUCAGAUACAGAAAAAUUGGAGAAACACAGGAGCCAGGUGUUGACCAUAAAGCCUUUGACCCACAUCAAAGCAGAAAGAAAACCAUGGGCUGUGGCUGCUUUCUGAGUCCCAAAGAGAACCAUCCAAUCAAGCACAGGGGAACUGACUGCUCCGCUUUAGUUCCUACCCAGCGAGACUCUGACCCCAGGUAGACCUUACCAGAAUAGGUCAAGGAGCAGGUGGCUCAGGCCAUCCAUGCCUUCCCACACCAGGAUCUUCUAGAAGAUGUCCCAUCUGCCCAGCCAUUGUUUCCCCCAUGCCUCCUGAUAAUAAACUUCGUUUUGUCCUUGCA